CCCAUAACGAAUGGCAUACGUUGCCAGUCAUCUUCUCUGCACUGCCAUUUCGUUGCAACUUCCACUAUUGAAUAUUUUUAUUUCAAAAUAAAUACGAUGCUUGCUUUCUCCUAUCUAUUUAAACCCGUGCAUGCCCGGUUGUUACUUUAUAACUUCUCACAUGUAUAUAUUUCGUUUUCACUUCCCUCAUGGAAACUGAAAUAGCUUCAAAAUCUUCCAAGUGGUUCUCUAACAAGGGUCUGCGGUUAAGCCUCCAUCGUCGUAGAUCAAAGUCUAGCUCAACAUCAAGUUCCCCUAACUCUCCUGUGUCUCCAUGUACACCAAAAAAAGAUAGCACUAAAGAAGAUGAGCUUAGAGAGGUUUUUCGUUGUUUCGAUAGUGAUGGUGAUGGAAGGAUCUCAGCCCUAGAACUUAGGGCAUACUUUGGAUCCAUAGGGGAGUACAUGUCACAUGAAGAGGCACAGUUAGCGAUCAAUGAUCUCGAUGCAGACCAGGACAACUUGUUGGACUUCCAGGAUUUUUUGAGGCUAAUGAAGAGGGAGACUAAUGAUAAUACUGAUGAUCUCAAAAUGGCCUUUGAAAUGUUCGAAAUGGAGAAGGGAUCGGGAUACAUAACCCCUAAGGGCUUGCAAAGGAUGCUGCGUCGUCUAGGAGAUGCAAAGUCGUACGAUGAGUGCGUGGCCAUGAUUCAGGUUUGGUGAUGGUGAGCGCAGAUAUUGACGAGUCUGGCUAUCUAUGAAAAUAACCGAACCGCUAAUCUCAG